UCUGUCUCUCAGAGCCAGCCAUGGAUGAAGAAUACGACGUCAUAGUGCUCGGAACAGGCCUCAAAGAAUGCAUUCUCAGCGGCCUCCUCUCAGUUGAUGGUCUCAAGGUACUGCAUAUGGAUAGGAAUGACUAUUAUGGAGGAGAGUCCACCUCUCUUAAUCUCAACCAGCUUUGGAAGCGAUUCAGGGGGGAGGAUAAGCCUCCAGAAACUUUGGGCUCAAGUAGAGACUACAAUGUUGAUAUGAUUCCCAAGUUCAUGAUGGCCAAUGGUGGUUUGGUUCGCGUCCUGAUUCACACCGAUGUUACUAAAUAUCUGAAUUUCAAGGCUGUAGAUGGUAGUUUUGUGUAUAACAAGGGGAAGAUCCACAAAGUACCAGCUAAUGAUGUGGAAGCACUUAAAUCUCCACUCAUGGGAUUGUUUGAGAAGCGUCGUGCUCGAAAAUUUUUCAUUUAUGUGCAAGACUAUGAUGAGAAUGAUCCAAAAUCUCAUGAAGGCCUGGAGCUCAACAAAGUUACAGCACGAGAGCUUAUUUCGAAGUACGGGCUAGAUGACAACACGGUCGAUUUCAUUGGGCAUGCGCUAGCGCUCCACCGAGAUGAUUCUUACUUGGGCGAGCCUGCUAUGGAUUUUGUGAAGAGGAUGAAGUUAUAUGCAGAGUCUUUAGCACGCUUUCAAGGAGGUUCUCCUUAUAUUUAUCCCCUAUAUGGUCUGGGAGAGCUGCCCCAGGCAUUUGCUCGGUUGAGUGCUGUUUAUGGUGGCACCUACAUGCUCAGCAAGCCAGAAUGCAAGGUAGAGUUCGAAAACGGAAAGGCCUUUGGUGUGACUUCCGAAGGAGAAACUGCAAAAUGCAAAAAAGUUGUAUGUGAUCCUUCAUAUUUGCCUGACAAGGUGAAGAAGAUAGGGAAAGUUGCCCGUGCUAUAUGUAUUAUGAGUCAUCCUAUCCCAAGCACCCAUGAUUCUCACUCAGUCCAGGUUAUUCUACCCCAGAAGCAACUUGGACGUAAAUCAGAUAUGUACCUGUUUUGCUGCUCCUAUUCCCACAAUGUAGCUCCAAAAGGGAAAUACAUUGCUUUUGUGUUGACAGAAGCAGAGACUGAUAAUCCUCAGGUGGAGUUGAAGGCUGGCACAGAUCUCCUUGGGCCCAUAGACGAAAUCUUCUUCGACACUUAUGACAGAUACGAACCUACCAACCAGAAUGAUGGGGACAACUGUUUCAUCUCUGCGAGUUAUGAUGCUACGACACACUUCGAGACUACGGUCCAAGAUGUGAUCGCCAUGUACAGCAAGAUAACUGGAAAGACUCUUGACUUGAGUGUGGACCUGAGUGCUGCCAGCGCUGCUGAAGAAUGAAAUUGUGGAAGAGGAACAGUUGCUGAAACAUUCUGUACUUUCUUUUCCUUUAUUUUUAAAGUUGAAGAUUAUUCAAAGUGUUCUGGUGUUGUAUUUCUUAAACAUUUUAGCAACUUUUUUGCUGAAAAAUUUGUUCCACUGCAACGCAAACGGUGUAGAUUUUGAACAUUCAAAGGAUAUAGAAUUCUUGUUUUUCUGACUCGAAUAAGUGGAUUAUACGGCAUGGCUAUGGGAAUUUUGAGUUAUGGAUGAAUCUGAUGAUAACAAUUAAUCACUAUCCUUUUUGUAAUUUUUUUUUUAUUUUAUGGAUGAAUCUGAUGAUUUGGAUUAUUAUUUGUUGAUAGCAAGCAUCUUCCAUAUGUUUUUGCCCCGCUCUUCUUUUAUGAGCAUGCAUUGGGGUCAUGCUCAAAACAUUUUCCUUUUUGUUUUCGUGCCACACUCUUCAAGUAAAUUUUCUGUACAUCCCAAUACUCACUUGCAAAUGUUGACUGGUCUUGGGGCAUGUUAUUGGAUGGGAAAAGACGUUAAGGACCCAAAUGUUUGAUUGGGCACCUUCUGCAAAAUUUUCUCUAAUUUGUUCUGUUUGUCCCCGUACCAGUUAUUUUGACAAUCUUGUCUUUGCUUUUCUUUUUUUCCGUCUAUAAUUCUAUCUCGGACUGUUCUCUGUUGGCAAUACAGCUUAGAGUGCAAACUAUGUUUUAUUAUAACCAGAUUCUUAGGCAGCAUCAAUAAAAUCCAUUCAACUGGUUUCAGGAUUGUGAUUAAUACUGAUCCACUCUCAACAUCUGGUAUUAAUCGUGUUGUUUUUUAACCAAACCCACAUAUCAUAUGAACUACAAACUUAAUUAAAAAAGGAUUUA